UGUCUCCUUUUUAUCAUUUUGUUGCCGUUGCCCUUACUUUACCUCCUCUCACCUCAUAUUUUGAAUUUCAAAUCUCGUUCUCCGCUCCCACGUCUCCACUCUCCCCCAGUUUCUCUCUCUGUCUCUCCCCCCGCUCUCUCAAACUUCUCUCUCUCUCUCUCUCUCUCUCUCUCUCUCUCUCUCUCAAACUUCCUUCAUCCUGCCAUUUCUCAACGAAACCCCAAAUGGGUGCGUCAGGGAAAUGGAUCAAAUCCCUCAUAACCCUCAAGAAACCAGAUCAAAAUAACCCAGAGAAGAGCAAUGGAAGUGGAAAACCCAAGAAAUGGAAGAAACUGUGGAGGAGCUCUUCGGCUGAUAUCGGUUCCAUGUGGAGAGGAUCGAGAGGGAGUAGCAGACACUCGGCGUCGGAGGCUUCGGAGAGUUCGUCUUCUGUUGCUGGUGAUGCUUUUAGCGCGGGGCCGAAGGAUUUCUUGGUUGUGAGGCAGGAGUGGGCUGCUAUCAGGAUUCAGACUGCGUUCCGGGGGUUUUUGGCUAGAAGGGCAUUAAGAGCACUGAAAGGAGUGGUUAGACUGCAAGCCUUGGUGCGAGGUCGACAGGUGAGGAAGCAGGCGGCCUUGACUCUCCGAUGCAUGCAGGCUCUUGUUCGAGUUCAGGCUCGCGUGAGGGCACGGAGAGUUAGGUUGUCGACUGAAGGCCAGGCUGUUCAGCAAAUGCUUGAAGCUCAUAGAACCCAGGGUGAUGUCAUUAAACAAGCUGAGGAUAGAUGGUGUGACAGUCAAGGCACAUUAGAGGAAAUCAGAACAAAGUUACAAAUGAGGCAAAAGGGAGCUAUCAAGAGAGAAAGAGCCAUGGCUUAUGCUCUCUCUCAACAGCAAUCAAGAUCAACUCCAGACACAAGCUCCAAAUCCUCAAUUCAAAAUCUUGAUAAAACCAAUUGCAACUGGAGCUGGUUAGAACGCUGGAUGGCUGCAAAACCUUGGGAAAGUAGACUAAUGGAUGAACAACAAGCCCAGAUCGAUACAAAUGAUGUGCAAUCUAUCAAAAACUAUGAAGAUUUUCAUAGCACUCGCUCAAGAUGCUCAGAACCCAGUUCAGUUAAGAUCAGAAGAAACAAUGUUAGUACUAGAGUUUCAGCAAAAGCGCCAGCUCGCACUCGGUAUAGUUCCUCUCCUAGUUCUGAGUUUCACUAUGACGAGGCCUCUCCAUCGUCGUCUUCUAAUUGCACUUCUACACCGAUAUCAAGGAAUGAUUAUAUCAAUGGAAAUAGGCCUAAUUAUAUGAACUUGACUCAAUCCAUCAAGGCAAAGCAAAAAGGUUCCAAUUUUGAUAGAGCAAUGAUGCAGAGAAAUUCAUCUGGAGAGUUUCGAUUCAAUAAGAAGAUGACCUGUUCUUAUAUUGAUUCUAGGAGCAGUGAUGGUUCGGAUCCUUCAGUAGCUUAUUCAAGGGCAUUGACUGCAAAUUCAAGAAGGGAGAAGAGCGCGAUGAGGAACAUGAAGGAGAAUUAUUAUUAUGAUGAUCAACCAUCUUCAGUGUUUUAGAUUGUUUAGUUAAUGAGAUGUUUGAUUGAUACUGGUGAGUUUCUUCUAUGUGUUCAACAUCUUGUUGUAAUUCUCGGAGUUUGGUAGCUUUAAAAAGAUGUCUCUAAUUUAUGUUGCUAAUAUCAUUUUCCUGUAAAGAUAUUUGUGUCUGAAAGCUUUCUUCAAAAUGGUAUAGUAAUGCUACUGGAUUAUCAAGUACUGA